AUGGUUCUGCUGGCGUCCGGCUCACGCGUGACAAAACUCGGCGCUGCUGCGUUCUACGGGAUGCGGAACACAGGACCACUGGUUGCCAUCUGCUCGAGCUCCAUAUCUCGCUCAUUACUCAGAAGAUUACCUUCGAGUGCAGUGGGCAGGACUAUGCGAAGUCGUCCAACAAGUGUACGAUUUUGCGGAGGUCGCUUUCCAUGUGACUACGUUCUUCCGAAAAUAACGGUGCCAUCGUUGAUCAUGAAUGGAGGACAAGACCGUUUUUGUUCCGAUCCAAAAACGUGUUUCCUUUCUGUGCUCAAGAAUGCAAGGUGA